CUUGGUGGCCAACAGCUUUGCAGUAAUCAAUACAUUUCAGUUCUUUCUGUGGUUUGAAUUUUCCAACUUAGCUCAAACUUCCAAAAGCAUAAGCAGUCUUCCCAUGAAAAUAACACUAGAGAAAAAAACCCAACAAAACAACGCGUAUUAUUAUUAUUAGUACUGAUUGUAGAAAAGUCUACAACAAAACCAAAAUAAUAAACAAAGAACACGCUUCUCCUCUGCCCCCUCCCCUGCUGCUUUUUCCUCUUCUUUCUGCUAUUUUCUUUGCCAAAUAGUUCAUGCUUGUGGACCUGCACACUCAUCAACCUAACCCCAUGGUGAUAUCUUCUUCAUAAUUCUUAGUUCUAUGGAUAUGUUACUAAUGAGGAUUUCAGUCCUUUUUUGGCUUUUAUUGUAUUCCUUUGUAGCAGUUUUGGUUUCUGGUGAAUGUCAAAGCCAUCAGCAAGAGUUGCUGCUCGGAUUGGGUAAAACCCUCAAUUCUUCGUUGUCUGCAAAGAUGCGGAACUGGAACCAAAGCACGGAUUGCUGUUCUUGGGGUGGUAUAACCUGCGAUCAAAGUGGUCGGGUUAUCAUACUCGACUUGAGCAACCAAUUAAUUUCCGGAACAAUUGAUAAUUCGAGUAGUCUUUUCAAUCUUCAGCAUCUUCAGCAGCUUAAUUUGGCUUAUAACACACUCAGCUUCAGUUUUCCUUGUGGGUUUGACAAGUUGUCAAAUUUGAGCUAUCUUAAUUUGUCAAAUGCUGGCUUUACAGGGCAAGUUCCGGCUGAGAUUUCAAGCUUGACAAACUUGAUUACUCUAGAUUUAUCUGUAAAUUUAUUUCUUAGAGAUGGACGACCCUUGAAACUUGAGAAGCCAAACCUGAAGAUGCUUGUUGAAAAUCUCACAAGGCUAAGAUCUCUCCAUCUUGAUGGGGUCAAAAUUUCAGCAAGAGGAAAUGAGUGGUGUAAAUGGUUAUCCUCACUGACCAAUUUGGAAGAGUUGAGCAUGUCCAACUGCAACCUUUCUGGACCAAUUGAAGAUUCCCUUCAAAAGUUGAAGAAUCUCUCAAUUAUUCACUUGUCUGGGAACAAUUUAUCUGCUGUGGUUCCAGCAUUCCUUGCUCAUCUUCCAAAUUUGACUUCAUUGCGGCUCAGUUCUUGCGGCUUGCAUGGACAAUUUCCAAGAGAGAUACUCCAGGUAAGGAUGCUACAGUCUCUUGAUGUACUUGACAAUGAGAAACUUCAAGGUUCUUUGCCUGAAUUCCAUCAUAAUGGGUCUCUUCAGAACCUAGUUCUUAGCGGAACAAACUUUUCUCGGUCAUUACCACAGUCCAUAGACAAGCUUGUGAACUUGACUAGACUAGACCUUUCGUCUUGCAAUUUCAGCGGAGCAAUUCCGAGUUCAGUCUCCAACCUGCAACAACUUGUUUACUUGGACUUGUCUUCCAAUAACUUUACCGGUCAAAUCCCAUGUUUUGAUUUGUCCAAAAAUCUUGCCCAUGUAGAUCUCUCUUACAAUAAACUGAGUGGCAAGAUCGAGUCAUUUAAGUGGGAAGACCUUCCAAACCUUACUCAUAUUGAUUUAAGGCACAAUUCACUUAAUGGGAAUAUUCCUUCCUCUCUUCUGGCACUCCCUUCACCGAAAAGAGUUCUGCUUUCCAACAAUCAAUUUGAUGGUGAAGUUACUGGUGUUCCAAAAGUGAGAGAAUCCUUAUUGGAUACUCUUGAUCUCAGUUACAACCAAUUGCAAGGGCCGAUACCCGCGUAUGUUUUUGAACUCAGUAGACUUAGCGUUCUGGUGCUUUCUUCCAACAAUUUCAAUGGCACCAUACGGCCAAGAGACAUUCGGAAGCUUGUGAAUCUCACAUAUCUUGACCUUUCACACAACAACCUGUCUGUCAUUGCAACUGAGAGUUAUUCGGUCUUGUCAUCUUUUCCCAAGAUUACUACACUAAAGCUGGCGUCCUGCAAAUUGAAUGUGUUCCCUGAUCUAAAGAACCAAUCAAGAUUAACCUAUCUGGAUCUUUCACAAAACCAAAUUUCAGGUGAAGUACCCAAUUGGAUUUGGAGUGUCAGUGAUGACCUCCGGCAUCUGAACUUUUCAUUUAAUCAGCUUGAGGGUCUGCAGAAACCUUAUCAAAUAGUGCCCAAUCUUUCAGUCCUUGACCUUCGUUUUAACAGACUCACUGGUCAUAUCCCAACUCUGCCUCUAUCUGCAAGCUAUCUGGAUUUUUCAAGCAAUAAUUUUACUUCUUCUUUACCAAGUAACAUUGGUAACUACCUCUCCUACACUAUUUUCUUUUCUGUCUCAAGCAAUGGCCUUACAGGUUUUAUUCCUAAGUCAAUAUGUGAUGCUGGUUACCUGCAAGUUCUUGACUUGUCCAAGAACAGUCUGAGAGGUGCAAUACCAAAAUGUUUAAUUGGAAAGAUGGAUUCUCUUGGGGUACUGAACCUUAGGGGCAACCAUCUCAGUGGUGAAAUCCCUGAUGCAUUUCCAAGUAAGUGUUCCAUAGAAACACUAGAUGUCAAUGGGAAUGAGCUCAGAGGGAAGAUCCCAAAAUCCCUUGCAAACUGCAACAGGCUAGAGGUAUUAAACCUUGGUAACAAUCACAUAAACGACACCUACCCUUGCCAUUUGAAGAAAAUAACCAGUUUGAGGAUUCUUGUUUUACGAUCAAAUAAAUUCCAUGGGGGAAUUGGUUGUCCAGCCGACAAGCGCCUCUGGCCAAAGCUUCAAUUUGUGGACUUUGCCCACAAUAGUUUUAAUGGAAAAUUACCAAACAAAUUCGUUGCAAGAUGGAAGGCAAUGGAGGUUUAUGACGAUGAAGCUCAACUAAAUGUUAAACACCUUCGGUUUGAAGUUCUACGACUCACUGGAAUUUAUUAUCUAGACGGUAUUACAGUUACCAACAAAGGUCUACAGAUGGAGCUGGUGAAAAUCCUAACUAUUUUCACCUCCAUUGACCUUUCAUGCAACAACUUCGAGGGGCCAAUACCAGAUGUGAUCGGAAAAUUCAAAGCACUGUAUGUUCUCAACCUGUCACACAAUGCUCUCAGUGGAAAAAUCCCACCAUCUCUAGGGAACUUGCAACAGCUGGAGUCCCUGGACCUUUCGUGUAAUAACCUGAGUGACAGUAUUCCUCAACAGCUUUUAAAGCUAACUUUCCUUGCAUUCCUUAACCUCUCCUACAAUCAACUGGAGGGACGCAUACCAGAUGGAAAGCAGUUUGCAACAUUUACUAAUGAUUCUUAUGUAGGUAACGAGGGACUAUGUGGGAAUCCAUUGACGAAACAGUGCAACGAUGCUAACCACAGCCAAGAUUUAAGGCCCCGUGCAUCCAAAAAAACCCAGAAUGAUGAAUUCGAUUGGCAAUUCAUAUUCAUUGGAGUUGGAUUCGGUGUAGGAGCAGCGGUAUUUGUUGUACCCUUGAUGUUUUGGAAGAGAGCGAGUCAGUGGGUCGAUGACAAUGUGGAUAACUUCCUUGCAGAAAACCUGCCAAAGAUGGGCCUAGUUUACGCACGCCCUUGUUAUGACAAUGUUGAUACAGAUGGAAAUAUUGAACAUGACAAGAAACGACAUGAUGAUGAUGAUGAUGACGACGACAAAGAAAGCGAUGAAAGUACAGGAGAAUUUCGAGGGAGAUAUUGUGUGUAUUGCUCAAAGCUUGACGAAACAAGGAAGAAGACAAUUCAUAACCUGGGUUGUAUCUGCCAUGAUUCACCGCCAUCUUUAUCUCCUUCUUCUUCCACCUCUUCUUCCUUUUCUCCUUAGAUUACAACCUUCAUUUUUGUUUGUUUUGUAUAUAAAAUGUAAAUGUGAAUUUGGGGUCCUCACUCCUCAUAAACAAUAGGGAGUGUAGUCUGCGUUUUGGGUAAGUUUCGUCCGGUUUUGAAUUUCCUUAAUAAUUCAAUUAGGUUCGGUUUUUUAGUUAUUUUA